CAAGUGAGGCGCCGGCCAAUAGGCUGUGUUGUCGGUAGGCCCGAUAGCCAAUAGGAGCAGGGAAAGGGGUCCCGGGACUAGGAAGAAACGGCGGCCCGGAGGGGGCUACUAGGUCAUGGGGCUUCUGACCAUUCUGAAGAAGAUGAAGCAGAAAGAACGGGAGCUGCGUCUGCUCAUGCUCGGCCUGGACAAUGCUGGCAAAACAACUAUCCUCAAGAAGUUCAAUGGGGAAGACAUCGACACCAUCUCCCCGACACUGGGCUUCAACAUCAAGACCCUGGAGCACCGAGGAUUCAAGCUGAACAUCUGGGAUGUGGGCGGCCAGAAGUCCCUGCGGUCCUACUGGCGGAACUACUUUGAGAGCACCGACGGCCUCAUCUGGGUAGUGGACAGCGCUGACCGCCAGCGCAUGCAGGACUGCCAGCGGGAGCUCCAGAGCCUGUUGGUGGAGGAGCGCCUGGCUGGAGCGACCCUCCUCAUCUUUGCCAACAAGCAGGACCUGCCCGGAGCACUGUCCUCUAACGCCAUCCGCGAGGCCCUGGAGCUGGACUCCAUCCGCAGCCACCACUGGUGCAUCCAGGGCUGCAGUGCCGUCACCGGGGAGAACCUGCUGCCUGGCAUCGACUGGCUCCUGGAUGACAUUUCCAGCCGCAUCUUCAUGGCCGACUGAGCCACUACAGAUGCCCCCCAUCUCACAGUCCCGGCCCCACUCUACAGGCCCUCACCAAGCACCAUCCAUUGGGGGAUGGGAGUCAGCCAGCCCAACUAACACCCCACGCCCCUCUGUAACCUGCUACUGCUACUGCUGCCCACUGCUUCUCCGUGGCCAGCCGGCCCCCCUGGCAGGAGGGCUGUCACCCUGGCUCCUGACCCAGCCUGCCUGCAGCUGCUGUACCAAGAUGAGAGGACUGGGGCUGGGAUGGGGCUGCCCCUGCUGCUGUUGAGGCUGUGGGCCUUGUCCUUUGCUCAGCUGUGGGAAUAAAUUGUUCCCUGCCCCCA